CUAAUUCCACAUCCUAAAAAUAAAUUUCCAAACACAACGACAAAUGCUAACACUAGCAUACAACCUCAGCCCGUGCGAAGCACGGGGUAGAAAACUAGUUGACUCGUAUUUUCCAGGGGUGUGUUACGAGAAAGUGUGCUACUAGAAUGGCAUCGCGAGAUGGCCAAAGAAAGGUAUGAACCCUAGGUCCACCUCAUGGCCAGCCCAAUAGGAGAACAAGCAAUCUGUCCGGGCCCAAAAAUUUAAGGGGCCAUUUUUUUAAAAAUAUUAUAUACUCCAGGUUCUUUCUGCAAAUAGUGUUGACGAAAUCAAAACAGAGGCCGCCAAGGAAAAAUAACAGCAAAAAGACUAAGACUGACCCCAUUUCAACAAAUUCAAUAUUGGUGGAACCAGGAAGGAAGGGUAAACUCAGCCCGAUUAGCGUUUACAUGGCGUUAAAUCUUUUCAGGGAAGAACUGAAGAACAAGAUUCAAAUGACAUAAUUUCCAUCGCCUUUAAGAAAAGAGAAGAGAGAGAGAGGCAGAAUCGUUCGCGUGUUCUUCUCACUUCCUCUUCUAAUCGACAAUCGCCCUCCAAUUCUGCUCUGAUACAUCCAGGGACCAAAAUCUGCUUACUUUGUGAAACUGAGCAGAGUCUCAAUAAUGAUGGCUUUGUUCAACUCUUGUGCAAAGAUACCUAUGGGGUCCCACAAAUUACAUUUCAACAUUCCCCACACACACCCUCCUAGAUUUGCCACCAUUCACUGCUCUGUCGCUGCACCAAUCAAACGCUACUCCAUCACUCUCCUUCCUGGUGAUGGCAUUGGCCCUGAAGUCAUUUCUGUUGCAAAGAAUGCUCUACAUCUCGUUGGCUCUCUGGAAGGAAUUGAGUUUGAGUUCAAAGAGAUGCCUAUGGGUGGGGCAUCUAUUGACAUGACGGGAGUGCCAUUGACGGAGGAGACUCUUACAGCUGCAAAGCAAUCUGAUGCCGUUCUUCUCGGAGCUAUAGGAGGGUAUAAGUGGGACACCAACGAAAAGCAUUUGAAGCCAGAAACUGGAUUGCUUCAGCUCCGGGAGGGUCUUAAGGUAUUUGCAAACCUGAGACCAGCAUCAGUAUUGCCACAGUUGGUAGAUGCUUCAACAUUGAAGAGAGAGGUUGCUGAAGGUGUAGACUUAAUGGUUGUAAGGGAACUUACUGGAGGUAUUUAUUUUGGCAAACCAAGGGGUUUUGGCACAAAUGAAUUUGGUCAUGAAAUUGGUUUCAAUACUGAGGUGUAUGCAACUCAUGAGAUAAAACGCAUUGCUCGUGUGGCAUUUGAAACUGCAAAAAAACGUCGAGGAAAACUCUGUUCAGUUGAUAAAGCGAAUGUGUUGGAGUCCUCUAUGCUUUGGAGAAGAACUGUGACAGAAAUGUCCAAAGAGUAUCCCGAAGUUGAACUUUCACACAUGUAUGUGGACAAUGCCGCAAUGCAGCUCGUUCGCAAUCCAAAGCAGUUUGAUACAAUUGUAACAAACAAUAUAUUUGGUGAUAUUCUAUCCGAUGAAGCUUCAAUGAUUACUGGAAGUAUUGGUAUGCUUCCAUCUGCCAGCGUUGGAGAAUCGGGACCCGGAUUAUUUGAGCCAAUACACGGGUCUGCUCCUGAUAUUGCUGGACAGGAUAAAGCAAAUCCUUUAGCAACGGUACUCAGUGCUGCUAUGCUUCUCAAGUACGGAUUAGGGGAGGAGACGGCUGCUCUGAGGAUAGAGGCAGCUGUUUUGGACACUUUGAAUAGGGGAUUUCGCACCGGAGACAUAUACUCUGCUGGAGAUGAUAAAUUAGUCGGUUGCGGCGAAAUGGGCGAAGAAGUGCUGAAAUCGCUUGGAAAUGUUCCUGCACUGCGCGGUGAAUGACGGUUUUGCCCUUUUCGGUGUGCCUAGAAACUACUAGGGGGUGGCGUUGCGGCAUCUCGGACACUUUUUGGAGGAUGAGAAUGUGAUUUUGUUUUACUUCAUUUGUUGAUCUAUUAUGUGUGACACUAAAUUUCAUGAGAUCAACAUAUUUUGAUACGAUUAUGUGUUCAAGAUUUUAUAAAAUAUUGCAUAAAUAAUUUAACUGCUCCUUA